CAAAAGACAUUGGUGUCGGCGGCAAAAGGCGGUACCAUUUUCUACAAGAUACCCCUUUUGACGCAAUGGUACAGUCUAAAGGUUAGAGGUCAUCAAGAUGGCAGCACCUCUUGGUUGUGGAUACGGAGAUCUUGUUUUGGCGUCUUCUAGAGCGGUUGACGACGAAGAAGAAGAAGAGGAAGCAAGUCAGAAGCCCAGUCCGUCAGCCGUGCUGAGAUGGUCAACCCAGGCGAAACAGGAGAUCAGCGAAUCUCCCAACGACUGUAUCGAGUGUUCGGCUCUCAUUGUGGCAAUCGGGCCAGUGGCAACAGGAUUUAUCCACACAUACCUGCUACACCAAGAGACAGAGAUCCUUGGAAUGAUCGGAAGUGGUCUGUCAGAGGACACCUGUAACACCUUUGAGCAGACCUCACCUGCGGACGCCACCUGCUUCCUGCACAGACUGAAGUCGGCGCCCAGUGUCAUCGUGUGUCAGUGUAACGUUGACAUACCACCUGAGAUGAUGUUCUCAUGGACUCAACAGUUAUUCUCCUGUAUCAACAUCCACAACACGUAUGUCGGGAUCCUGGCCAGCGCGCCAGUCAGCGAGUUCCGCAGCUCCGUGUCGCUGUCGGACGUCACGGUCCCGUUUCUGCGCGGACUGAAGACAAACCAGUUCCACGGGAAGCCUGUCUGUCCGUACCUGGAGCAGCCCAACACAGCCAAGGGGCUGCCGGCCUCAGUGCUGACCCAUUGCCAGGUGUACCGGGUCCCAGCUGUGUUGUACAUGUGCUACUCUGACUCCAUCUAUGUGGAGAUACCUGCUAUCAAGGCCUUCCUACCUGUGCUGAAGGGCACACCUUUCAGGGACAUCGUACAGGAGAACCCACAUGCAGACAUCACCCUCAGGAAACUGGUGGAGCUGAGAGCCCUGCAGAAUAACCUGUACACAUGA